AGCACGGGGAGCCAAUAGUCAGAAGAGUUUCAGGUAUGUGUGGACAGGUGCAGUUGAGCGACCCGAUGGCGGACCUGUUCGCAGUCACUUCUACGGCUCCGCACAGUUACGAAACUUUAAUAAACUAACAGGUUAUGUGAUGUAGCCUUACAAAAACUUUUCACUAGGGUUUAUUUGUCACCUGAGGAAGGAGGAAGAGGAAGACUGCGGGUCAUGGCCGUGAUUUUAGUCGCUUUCAUAUUGGCGUUCACCGGGAAAUGGGACAAGACUUCCCUUGCAGUCGCUCAGACUUGUGUGAAUGAGAGCAGGUUUAAAGAGGAGGUGCUCUAUGUGGAGCAGCAGGGGCCUCCAUAUCGGCUGAAAUGCCCUCUGGAGCCCGAGAGCUCCCCCCAGCCCAAGCUGACCUGGCAGAAGGACUGCCACCAACUCCCCACCCAGGAAGGGAAGGACUACCUGGAGUUUGCCAGCCUCGGCUUGCAAGAUCAAGGGAAUUACACCUGUAUGCAACUGGGCAACAGCACGGCCUCAUUCACUGUGCGUCUCAUAGUUAAAGAGUCCCAGUGCUCCAAAGUCCCAGAAUUUAAACCAAAUGGGAGACCAGACAGUCUCUAUAGGAAUGUGGGAUCCUCUGUGACGCUAAACUGCACUGCUCUCCUCUGGGACCCAAGAGAAGAGCACUGUGACACCACGCUGCAGUGGAGUAAAGAUGGCCAACCCCUCACCAAUCAAACACAUUACACGCAGAAUACCUCCUCAUGGUCUCCUGUUGCUGGCCAACUGAUGGUAAACAGUCUACUGGUGAUCAACCUCAGAGAGCCCGAUGAUUUUGGGCUCUACAGCUGCACAGUGAGGAACAUUUCCUUUGACUUCAGCCUGCCGUAUUCAACGGGCCCCAACCACACAGCUGCUGUUAUUGCAGCCCUCUUCCUCCUCCUCCUCCUGGCCGUAGCUGCUGUUGUGUACUGUAGGUGUCACCUGAACAUCAAACUCUGGUACAAGGACGUCUACGCAGAAUGUUACGGAGACAAUGAACUCAAUGAUGGAAAAUUAUAUGAUGCCUAUAUCUCCUAUGUGAACAACGAUCAUGACAGGAAGUUUGUCAACUUUAUUCUCAAACCUCACCUGGAGAAUAAAAAUGCGCACAAGCUGCACCUUAAUGACAACGAUAUCCUACCUGGCUCAGAACCUUCUGCAGAGCUGCUAAUGAACAUUAGUCGCUCUCGGCGUCUGAUCGUGUUGCUCUCUUAUGCUUACCUUGAGCAGGACUGGUGCUCCAAUAACUUCAGACAGGGCCUUCUGCACUUGUUGGAGUUGUGUCAGCACGAGCGGCCCAUCCUCAUCAUGUUGGAAGGUCAGUCCAAACGCAUGAGGCCUGAGAUCAAGCAGCUGCUCAGUGAGCACCAGCACCGCCUCACCAUACUCACCUGGAAGCACAACUCUGUGACUCCUUCCUCAGUCUUUUGGAAGGAGCUGGCUUUAGCGAUGCCUCGCAGAGUCGUCUACCGCAGUGAGUCGGCGGGUGACCCUCAGACUCUGCUACAAGAUGAUAAGGACCCCAUGCUGACCCUCGACUCAAACUACCUGGACUGCCGCUCAGACACUGACCCUGCUGGAGAUCUGGGGCUCCGCCUCCCUGUGUACAAGGCUCUGGCCUUUAAAGCUCCAGUCCUCCCUGCUGCUCCCAUCGCUGUAGCUGAGCCCAAAUCCUCUGAAAUCGACGUGUCGGAUCUGGGACUACGCAACUAUGGAGCCCGCUCAGACUUCUACUGCCUGGUCACUGAGGAGGACAUUUGAUCCACACUCCUCUCACUUCUGACUUCUAAAAGUUAACUGCAUGGAGAUCCAUUUUAGCUUUGCUUUAUAGUUAUCUAAGCCAAUCUGG